AUGAUCGUGCCGAGAUGCAUGAGCGGCAGUGAGGGUGCAGCAGAGGACAGCGGUGCGCAGUGGGAGGGCCAAGUGAGGUGCCUGGGCCAGGUGAGGGAAGAGGGGAGUGGGGAGCGAGCGGGGGAAGAUGAUGGUGCACACAUGCAUGGGGAAGGGCAGCGGCAGUGGGGAGAGCAGCGGGCCACAGGUGGUGCGCAGUGGGAGGAGGGGCAGCUAUGGCGAUGGUUUGAGGCAUGGGGAGAUGGGAGCUAUGGCGAUGGUUUGAGGCAUGGGGAGAUGGGAGCUAUGGCGAUGCCAUGGCGAUGGUUUGAGGCAUGGGGAGAUGGGAGCUAUGGCGAUGGUUUGAGGCAUGGGGAGAUGGGAGCUAUGGCGAUGCUAUGGCGAUGGUUUGAGGCAUGGGGAGAUGGGAGCUAUGGCGAUGGUUUGAGGCAUGGGGAGAUGGGAGCUAUGGCGAUGCUAUGGCGAUGGUUUGAGGCAUGGGGAGAUGGGAGCUAUGGCGAUGGUUUGAGGCAUGGGGAGAUGGGAGCUAUGGCGAUGGUUUGGGGCAUGGGGAGAUGGGAGCUAUGGCGAUGGUUUGAGGCAUGGGGAGAUGGGAGCUAUGGCGAUGGUUUGAGGCAUGGGGAGAUGGGAGCUAUGGCGAUGCUAUGGCGAUGGUUUGAGGCAUGGGGAGAUGGGAGCUAUGGCGAUGGUUUGAGGCAUGGGGAGAUGGGAGCUAUGGCGAUGCUAUGGCGAUGGUUUGAGGCAUGGGGAGAUGGGAGCUAUGGCGAUGGUUUGAGGCAUGGGGAGAUGGGAGCUAUGGCGAUGCUAUGGCGAUGGUUUGAGGCAUGGGGAGAUGGGAGCUAUGGCGAUGGUUUGAGGCAUGGGGAGAUGGGAGCUAUGGCGAUGCUAUGGCGAUGGUUUGAGGCAUGGGGAGAUGGGAGCUAUGGCGAUGGUUUGAGGCAUGGGGAGAUGGGAGCUAUGGCGAUGCUAUGGCGAUGGUUUGAGGCACGGGGAGAUGGGAGCUAUGGCGAUGGUUUGAGGCACGGGGAGAUGGGAGCUAUGGCGAUGCUAUGGCGAUGGUUUGAGGCAUGGGGAGAUGGGAGCUAUGGCGAUGGUUUGAGGCACGGGGAGACGGGAGCUAUGGCGAUGCUAUGGCGAUGGUUUGAGGCACGGGGAGACGGGAGCUAUGGCGAUGGUUUGAGGCAUGGGGAGAUGGGAGCUAUGGCGAUGCUAUGGCGAUGGUUUGAGGCACGGGGAGACGGGAGCUAUGGCGAUGGUUUGAGGCACGGGGAGAUGGGAGCUAUGGCGAUGCUAUGGCGAUGGUUUGAGGCAUGGGGAGAUGGGAGCUAUGGCGAUGGUUUGAGGCAUGGGGAGAUGGGAGCUAUGGCGAUGCUAUGGCGAUGGUUUGAGGCAUGGGGAGAUGGGAGCUAUGGCGAUGGUUUGAGGCAUGGGGAGAUGGGAGCUAUGGCGAUGCUGUGGCGAUGGUUUGAGGCAUGGGGAGAUGGGAGCUAUGGCGAUGGUUUGAGGCAUGGGGAGAUGGGAGCUAUGGCGAUGCUAUGGCGAUGGUUUGAGGCAUGGGGAGAUGGGAGCUAUGGCGAUGGUUUGAGGCAUGGGGAGAUGGGAGCUAUGGCGAUGCUAUGGCGAUGGUUUGAGGCACGGGGAGAUGGGAGCUAUGGCGAUGGUUUGAGGCAUGGGGAGAUGGGAGCUAUGGCGAUGCUAUGGCGAUGGUUUGAGGCAUGGGGAGAUGGGAGCUAUGGCGAUGGUUUGAGGCACGGGGAGACGGGAGCUAUGGCGAUGCUAUGGCGAUGGUUUGAGGCACGGGGAGACGGGAGCUAUGGCGAUGGUUUGAGGCAUGGGGAGAUGGGAGCUAUGGCGAUGCUAUGGCGAUGGUUUGAGGCACGGGGAGACGGGAGCUAUGGCGAUGGUUUGAGGCACGGGGAGAUGGGAGCUAUGGCGAUGCUAUGGCGAUGGUUUGAGGCAUGGGGAGAUGGGAGCUAUGGCGAUGGUUUGAGGCAUGGGGAGAUGGGAGCUAUGGCGAUGCUAUGGCGAUGCUUUGAGGCAUGGGGAGAUGGGAGCUAUGGCGAUGGUUUGAGGCAUGGGGAGAUGGGAGCUAUGGCGAUGCUAUGGCGAUGGUUUGAGGCAUGGGGAGAUGGGAGCUAUGGCGAUGGUUUGAGGCAUGGGGAGAUGGGAGCUAUGGCGAUGCUAUGGCGAUGGUUUGAGGCACGGGGAGAUGGGAGCUAUGGCGAUGGUUUGAGGCACGGGGAGAUGGGAGCUAUGGCGAUGCUAUGGCGAUGGUUUGAGGCAUGGGGAGAUGGGAGCUAUGGCGAUGGUUUGAGGCAUGGGGAGAUGGGAGCUAUGGCGAUGCUAUGGCGAUGGUUUGAGGCAUGGGGAGAUGGGAGCUAUGGCGAUGGUUUGAGGCACGGGGAGACGGGAGCUAUGGCGAUGCUAUGGCGAUGGUUUGAGGCACGGGGAGACGGGAGCUAUGGCGAUGGUUUGAGGCACGGGGAGACGGGAGCUAUGGCGAUGGUUUGA